AUGGACCAGACAUUCGACCAGCAGCCUGUUCAGAGAAAAGAGAAGUAUUUUGCCUUGCAAGACAGUGACCUAGCAGACACUUUGACAUACACAGGUCCUAUAGAGCCACAGAUCCUGAUUGGUUCUGAUCAAUAUUGGAAUAUUCUUACGGGGGAGAUUGUUCGCAGUGAGAAAGGACCAGUGGCUGUGCAUACACGCCUGGGUUGGGUCAUUUCUGGACCAGUUGAGACUGAUAUCUGUGAUACCAAGCCAACAUCUUUAGUAACACAUAUUCUUAAGGUUGAUUCGGAGCCAGAGAACAAAAGAUUGGAUAAUCAACUAAAAAGAUUUUGGGAACUUGAAGCACUGGGGAUUGUAGAUAAGGAAGACUUUGUGCAUGACCAAUUUAAAGAGAUUGUAGCCUUCAAACAUGGAAGGUAUGAAGUAUCCUUGCCUUGGAAAGAUCCUUAUGUGACAUUGCCUGAUAAUUUAGAGCUUGGUAUGAGGCGGUUGAAGAAUUUAUUGAAACGAUUGAAGCAGAACCCUGAAUUACUUAAAGCCUAUGACACUGUCAUAAGAGAUCAACUGGACAGAGGAAUUGUGGAAGUAGUGGAGAAUCCACUGAAAGCAAAUGGUACUAGGAUACACUACUUACCUCAUCAUGGUGUGGUGCGACAUGAGAAAGAAACGACUAAGCUCCGUGUGGUUUACGAUGCGUCUGCGCGCGACAAGGGACCCUCCUUAAAUGAUUGUUUACAUGUUGGUCCCAAAUUGCAUAAUUUGAUGUUCAAUAUUCUAGUGCGAUUUCGAUGCUUUAAUAUUGCGUUAAUUGCGGAUAUUGAAAAGGCGUUUUUAAUGGUAGCAGUGUCCCCAGAGGAUCAGGAUGUGCUCCGAUUUCUCUGGGUAGAGGAUAUCGAGCAAGAACCCCCUGUGAUUAGGGUUCUGAGAUUUAAAAGGGUCGUUUUUGGAGUGACCUGUAGUCCCUAUUUAUUAAAUGCCACCUUAAAUGUGCACUUAGAGAAGUUUAAAGAGUCACAUGCUUUGUUAGUAAAACAGCUUAAGGAGUCUCUGUAUGUAGAUGAUGUUGUUUGUGGAGCGAGAACGGAGGAGAGUGCAUUUGAAUUUUAUUUGGAGUCAAAGACGCUGUUUAAGGAGGGUGGGUUUAAUCUACGCAAAUUUGUUACUAAUUCUGAGAGUCUAAGAGUCAAGAUUAAGGAGCAUGAAAAGUCAAGUACUAGUACUAAUGAACAAGACAUGUCUGAUACUGAUACUACUUUGAGAAAGGAUCAAAGUGACACAGAAAGAGAGAGGGAGCAUAAGGUCUUGGGAGUGUUGUGGGAUCCAAUGAGGGAUGAGAUUAUUGUAGGAUUUGGAGAAAUAGCCUUAGAAGCGCACUCUGUAAAUCCAACCAAGAGAUCUAUUGUUAGCAUUGUAGGGAAAUUCUAUGAUCCCUUGGGUAUCCUAUCUCCAGUGAUAAUCAGAUUCAAGAUUUUGUUUCAAGAGCUUUGUAGAGAAAAGAGGGAUUGGGAUGAACCAAUCACUGGACCCCUUCUGACUCGAUGGCACAUGUUGAUUAAUGAUUUGAAAGCGAGUGAGUCUGUGAGAAUCAAAAGAUGUGUGAGUGAACAACAGGGAAUGUGUGAAUUGAUUGGAUUUUGUGAUGCAUCUAUGGCUGCCUAUGCAGCAGUAGUGUAUCUUAAGGAUGGUAAUGGAGUGGUGAGAGUAAUAGCUGCAAAAACGCGAGUAGCUCCACUCAAGACUCAAUCAGUACCAAGAUUGGAACUUCUGGCUGCCUUGUUAUUGUCACGGUUAAUAGAGAAUGUGCUGAGAGUGUGA